AUGCUACGGUCUUACCCUCGUUGGGACAGCCUUGUCUCCGAGACCGGCAACGACCAAGCAGACUCCCUGGUUCAGCAGAUCAUCGACAGAUCAAGCGGGGUGUUUCUUUGGGUGACGCUUGUGACUUGGCUUCUCCGCGAGGGCCUUACCAACGACGACAAGUACGAGGAAGAAGAUUAUGCCCUCGGCGAGCCAGAGAGGAUGAUAGCUACCCUACAGCAACGAACAUCUCAGGCAGCCAGUGUCUUUCGGCGCGUCAACGGCUGGUGUAAGGGUUUGCUAGAACGCAAUCAUGAUGAGAUUGAGUUUCUCCACCGAACUCUUUAUGACUUUCUCUCCACCCCCGAGAUGCAGUAA